CACCGCUAGAGCGGCUGACACGCCAAUUUAUCACAUGCGGAAAAUUCUCCAUUUCGGCUCAUUUUCAUUUACAUUUCAUAGGGUUUGCUGUUCUGUCAAUUUUCUAUAAUAGUUGUGUUCACAUCGAUUCUCUGUGCAAUAACUUUGAACGGUAAAUUACGGGAAUGCCUGUAGCAGAAGUAAAAUCCAGCUGGGCAGAUGAAGUAGAAGAAGAGGGAGGAGCGUUACCUCCGCCUUCAGAGACUUAUGAAAAUGGGUUUAAAAUCCUCACUGAAUACAAGUACAAUCAAGAUAAUAAAAAGGUCAAGGUAGUUCGAACAUAUAAGAUCGAGAGACGUAUUGUUUCAAAGACAAUUGCCGCCCGUAAAAAUUGGGCAAAAUUCGGAGACUCUGCAGAUGACCGACCUGGACCUAAUCCUGCUACUACAGUUGGAGGUGAAGAUGUCUUCAUGCAAUUCAUUUCUAGUAAAGAAGAAGAAAAUAAGGUUGAAGAAGAUAGCCUUGACAAGUUGAAGAGUAUGGGAGAUAAAGGUGUAGUUAAAUGUCGUAAUUGUAAUGGAGACCAUUGGACUUCCAAAUGCCCUUACAAAGACACUGUCCUUGCUGGAGGUAAAGUGCCAGAUGAUAAAAAACCACUCAUUAAUACCAGUGCUCCUGGAGCAAUGACAGAAUUGAAACCUCAAGGUAGUAAAUACAUACCACCUGGUAUGCGCGAUGGAGGCAGUAAACGAGGAGAUUCUAUGCAGAUGCAAAGACGUGACGAUACUACUGCUAUUCGUAUUUCCAAUUUAUCAGAAAGUACGACAGAUGCAGAUUUGGAUGAACUUGUCAAGCCAUUUGGAUCUGUUCUUAAAUUUUAUCUCGCAAAAGACAAACAAACUAAUCUUUGCAAAGGAUUUGCAUAUGUACAUUUCAAAUAUAGAGUGGAAGCAGCAAAAGCUAUUGCUACGCUUAAUGGGUAUGGUUACGAUCACCUUAUCUUGAAUGUAGACUGGUCGAAACCGCAACAGCAAAGCAAUUGAGUUAAAUGAAAAUUCGAUUUUCGUUACUUGGAUUACGCACUGCGUAAAAAUAUAGAUAUGUUUAAUUGUGACACCAGGAGCAGGGUACAAUACUUUUCAUUUCAAAUUUUAAUGCAUUGCACAAUAAAAAAUUAGCGUAGAAAAUAUAUUCAUAACGAUGUUCAUAGUUUAUUAUUAGUAUAAUUACUUAAAUUAUGAUCAACUACAAAAUGACAACUCUGCUUCCUGGUGUCACAAUUUAUUAUCAUUUUUAAUUCGCUCGAACAUGAAGUUCUUGUAUUCGUUACUUUAAAAACUGAUGUAUCAAUUAAAAUGUAAUUUGUAUUCUUAUCCCUUUUUUUUGAUCAAAAAUAAAUAAUAUUCCAUGAAA